CGGUGGCGGCCGAAGACGCGCCAGGCGAAACUGGGUUGUCCUCCGGGCCGGCAGUGGAACAGACGCAUCCGAUACGCGAACAACACACUCGGACUCACUGUAACGAUAUUGUACCGACCCGUUCGCUAUUGUCGCUGUCUCGUCGUCGUGGUCGUUGUCGUUUUGUCGCCGUUGUUCGUGUUCGAUAUUAUUGUUUUUCCCGUUGCGCUAAAAACGGCUAACACGUUAUUUUCAACGCAAUAAUAAUAAUAACAACCUGACCGUCACCUGCAGCCGCCCGCACACAUACCUACCUACCUACCUACCCUACAGCCGGUGACCGGCGCGGCGGUCUCUAUAUUGAAAACACCGCCCAUAACAGCUAUGUGUAUUAAAAAACCGCACAAGUCAAAAUUGGUUUUACUAUAGCGAAAUUUGUUGUUAAUAAUUUUUUCGCAACGGCUAGUGCCGAUCAUGUCGAUCCGCUGUUGUGAUCGCGUACGGUACCGCGCCUAAGUGUCCAGUGUACCGCUCUGUGUCAGGAUAACAAAAUCUUGGGAUCAAUUGUCAUACCACAGAUUCGUAAACCGCGGACCUCGUUGCGAACACUGCAUCCAUUUGCCCUGGAUCUCGGCUGUCCGUAAAUGAUCUAUUAAUCAGACGGCGUGGCCAAAGUGAUGAGCGUGGUGGACACGUCACCGGCGUGGUACACCUACUACCCACGACCAGCGACUCAGCCGCGUGACGCCAGCAUGCGCGAGAAGCACUCGAGCCCUCGUAAAAUGGUGAUGCCUCCUUUGCCGUGCACGUCGCCCAAACAGGCGUCCGUCUACCCGACCGGCCGGCCGGCCGACCAUCCGGACAACAUGCCGUUCGACUUGUCCCGCAGCAGCAACACCGGCGGCAACAGCAACAACAACAACAACAACAACAACGGCAGCAGUGGCCGACGUACGCCAUCGCCGCUGCACCGCAUGUCGCCGGCCGCGUUCAAGCCGUACGAGAACAACAACGACCAGCCACUGGACCUGCGAGUGGACCACAAGAAGUCCCACCGCGACGAGAUGGAAGACGAGAACCAGAACCUGAUCAUCAGGACGCCGUCGCCCGAAGACAUCCAGGUAGACAGCCCGGGACCGCCCCAACCGCAUCCAGCCUCGCAGACUGCGCACAGCCCGUGUUCGUCAGACAAGGACGACGAUCACAGACGGAUAAUGGACGAAGAGUGCUCCCGCCGGAUGGUCAACUACCCGGUGUUGUUCCCGCCGCAGCCGCUUCAUCCUAUGAUGCUGGAAGCCAUGUACCGCGUGGGCGACAAAUCCCGGUUACCCGGGCUGGCCGGUUAUCAGGCCGGCGGUGCCGGCGGCGGUUACCACAGACCGCCGCACUAUCCGUUCAUCAACGCGUCAUUGCUCAACGGACACCACCACGUGCCACCGCCCACCUACGACGUCGUCAGGCCGCCAGCGCCCGUGACCAGAUCUCCGCAAAAGACGUUCCAAGAAACGUCCGGCAAACCAAAAGACCGAUAUUCAUGCAAGUUCUGUCAAAAAGUAUUUCCCCGGAGCGCCAACUUAACCAGGCAUUUGCGCACACAUACAGGGGAGCAGCCGUACAAGUGCAACUAUUGCGAGAGGUCGUUCAGCAUAUCGUCCAACUUGCAAAGACACGUGCGGAACAUACACAACAAAGAGAAACCUUUCAAGUGUCCGCUUUGCGAACGGUGCUUCGGUCAGCAGACCAACUUGGACAGGCAUCUUAAAAAGCACGAGGCGGACGGACCGACGAUCAUGGACGACCGACUGGCGGCGGCCGCCGAUCACAGGCGCUCCAGGCCCGGCGUCGGCGACGAUUCCUACUUCGAGGAGAUCCGGUCGUUCAUGGGCAAAGUCAGCGAGGACGGCAGCCGGUUCGCCACCGCCGCGGCCGCCGCCGCCCUGGCCGCCCACAACCGGCACGCGCCCUAUCCGCCGCCGCCGCAGCAACAGCAACAGCAACUCGUCCGGCCGCUGUGCCUUUACCGCCGCGGGUCCGCCGAAAACGAACGGUUCUCGUCGUCGUCGGCCGGCAGCGCGUCGUCCGAGUCGCCCAACAAGGAUGUGGCCGCCUCGACGGUCGCGGCCACCGAGAAAGAGACCAACAACAACACCUGA